AUGAGCUUCAUGGAACGAGACUUUCGAUUCAUCGAGAAGAUGAAGUUGAAAACGGUCGGCGACUGGCCGGUGUUCGGUGUUCCGGCCCAGAACUUGUUUUCCGAUUUCAAUUCACCUCAGAAAACAAGGGUUGAUUCUAAUUCUAAUUUUAGAGAGAAGUGUGAAUCUCUGGCUUCGUCUGGUUUAGUGGAAGGUGGUGUACAUGUGAUUGCUCCAGUUGAGAUUCUUAAGCAAAUAUUUAGGACACCUUACUCCUUAUAUUCUCCAGUCUCUAUAGCAAUUCAGGUGGUUGGACAGACUCUUGUCUUGAGACCUGGAUUUGAUGCAAAAGAGCAAAACAGUCAACCAGUGGAUGAAUUUUUUCCAAACUUUGUUAUGCAUUCAGUGAGGACACACCACGGGUGUAGUUGCCUUCCAGUGCAAGUCAAUGAAAAGUUGGAGCCUUUAGUAGAUUGUGAGAAACACACAACAAGUGUGACCAAUGAGUUUUCAAGACUUGUAGAUUGUCAAUUUGGUGAGUUCCGCAUGCGUUUGGGCAGUGAUAUGGUUUUGUUCAGGAAUGAAAAGAAUGAGGCUGUUCAACCUUUAACCAGGCUUGAAGCUUGGCUUGAUAAUGUAAUGGCCAAUGUGCCGGAGCUAGCAGGUUGCUAUCAUCAAGUGGGUCAUGUAAAAGGGUAUGAGCUUACCAAGACAGAGGAUAUUUAUCAACCAUAUGGCUUCCCUGGGGAUGCACCACCUGCCUUUGACCCAAAUCUUGUUCAGGAAAACGCCCUUGAUGUUCUCAGGUUUCUUCUUUCAAAUUGCAAAGAGGAUCCUGGAGUUUACUGGCUCUACAAAAGCGCUCGUGAACAUGUGAUUCAGCUCUUUGAUGUUUCGAAGAAGCAUUCUUCAAGCCAUGUCUAG